AGCGGCCGGGCAGGCUGAGCCCGAGGGCCCGGCCCGGCCUUGCCCCGCCCCUGGCUCCCCUGGAGGGCUGGCUUCGAGGCGGGGCCCGGGCCGCGGUGGACGGGCGUGGGCGUGGCCAGGCCGUUUAAGAACCGAGGGGGCGGCGGCAGGACGGCUCACUCGGUGCCGCUCGUUUGGGGGCUGUAGUGACCGCGCCGCUCCUGCCGGGGGCUGCCCACGCCAAGGACCUCCCUCUGUCACCUCCGCUUCCACCGUCCAGCUUCCACAACCAGAACAUCCUUUCAAGAUGGCAGAGGAGAGUAACAGCACCAACACCAAGGACUGCCUGUCCUUCAGCGUGCUCAACUGGGAUCAGGUGAGCCGACUGCAUGAGGUCCUUACUGAGGUCGUCCCCAUCCACGGCCGAGGCAACUUCCCAACUUUGGAGAUAACCCUGAAGGACAUUGUGCAGACUGUCCGUGUCCGGCUGGAGGAGGCAGGCAUCAAAGUUCAGGAUGUCCGGCUGAAUGGCUCUGCAGCUGGCCAUGUGCUGGUCAAAGACAACGGCCUGGGUUGCAAGGAUCUAGACCUGAUCUUUCACGUGGCUCUUCCAACAGAGGUGGAGUUUCAGCUGACCAGGGAUGUGGUUCUCUGCUCUCUCCUCAACUUCCUGCCAGAGGGCGUGAAUAAGCUCAAAAUCAGCCCGAUCACACUGAAGGAGGCCUACGUGCAGAAGCUGGUCAAGGUGUGCACGGAUACCGACCGCUGGAGCCUCAUCUCCCUGUCCAACAAGAACGGAAGGAAUGUGGAGCUCAAGUUUGUCGACUCCAUCCGGCGUCAGUUUGAGUUUAGCGUGGACUCUUUCCAAAUCAUCCUGGAUUCGCUGCUGUUUUUCUACGAUGGAUCCAAUAACCCCAUCUCGGAGCACUUCUACCCCACAGUGAUCGGGGAGAGCGUGUAUGGGGAUUUUGAGGAAGCCCUUGACCAUCUGCAGAACAGACUGAUCGCCACCAAGAACCCCGAAGAGAUCCGAGGUGGGGGACUGCUCAAGUAUAGCAACCUUCUUGUGCGGGAUUUCAGGCCCACCGACCAGGAAGAAAUCAAAACCUUGGAGCGUUACAUGUGCUCCAGGUUUUUCAUUGACUUUCCAGACAUCCUGGAGCAGCAGAGGAAGUUGGAGACCUACCUGCAAAACCACUUUGCUGAAGAAGAAAGAAGCAAGUAUGACUACCUCAUGAUCCUUCGCAGGGUGGUGAACGAGAGCACCGUGUGCCUCAUGGGGCACGAACGCAGACAGACACUGAACCUCAUCUCCCUCCUGGCCUUGCGCGUGCUGGCAGAACAAAACAUCAUCCCCAAUACUACUAAUGUCACCUGCUACUACCAGCCAGCUCCCUAUGUCAGUGACGGCAACUUCAACAACUACUACGUGGCACAUCCUCCAGUUACCUACAGCCAGCCUUAUCCUACCUGGCUGCCCUGUAACUAACCCUGAGACCUGAGGGUUUCUGCCAGGGGAACCCCCAUAGGGCAGGGGCUCUCAGGUAGGGGAGCCUCCUUCUAGAUGUAGGUGUUUGGCUUUUAAAGGGGAACUCAGCUCUGACUCUGCUUUCUUUGUCAUUGUGUACCCAGUAGAAUGGGUCUGCAGUAUAUUAUGAGCCAAACCUAGAAGGAUCCGUACUACAGUGUCCCCAGGAAACCUGCUAUAGGAAGCGUGACUUUAUCCACAUCUUUGCAAGAGAGACACCAACAUGUCACGUCCCAAAUAUUAGCCAGUGGGGCAUUUGAGCUCUGUGCAAUAAGCAAAACUUGGGGAGAGCUCAGGCAGCCUGUGAGAAGUGUGGAGCAACUUCUCACUGAAGCCUAGGCUGUGCUGGCUCAUUCCUGGGGUCCUGGGCAGUUGCAGGCAAAUUGUGACAUCAGUCUCUUCUUGGACCACUGUUAGCCAGGCAGGAAAUGGUAGACACGAGGGUGCUCUUGUGACUUAAUUUUUGUUCCGGGGACUAAAUUGCUUCUGUUUAGUCCCCAGCAACAGAGCUGAGAAUCGCGUUCAUCAAUAAACCAAAGCCAAUAGCUGGAGAAUUGAGAUCUGAUUGGAAGUGGUUUAUGGUUGAGAUGCUGUGCUAUCUUGAGGAAUUGUGAGAUACCGAUGAUGACUUUUCUUGAAAUGUAACUUGAAAACAAAAUAAAAUAUGGAACUUACAGUAGAAUUGUGGUAGUGGUGGGGGGGUGAUGAUUGUAAAUAGGAAACAUGAAUGUUUGUGUUUUUUUUUUUUUCUUUAAGGAAGUCUUUCUGCAUUACAUGUCCCCCCACCCUCCUCAUCAACUCUCCUUGGCUGGCUUUUGUUUUGCUCUAAGUCUGAGGAUUGUGCUGUGUGUAGAUAUUGUAGUAACUGACAUGAGGGUAUUCCCAUGUUUUAAUUGGAAACCCAUUUUAGUCACAUUCCAAGUAUGACAAGUUAUUUUUAUGUUUUUUUUUCUGGAGUCCUUUGCCUAAUUUUUGUUUAUUUUUUGUGUUUUCUCGCUUUCAUUUCCCUGGGAAAAAAAUAGUGAUUUUCCUUCUCUGGGUGUUUUUGACAGCAAAGGAGUUCAGGAAUUUCAGUAGAACUAAGUGACCUGUGGAUUUACUUUAGAAUCUGACCUGUCCCCAGUCUGUGUGUGAAGGUAGGGGUGUAAGCGUGAAGUCUAGCCUCACGUGCAUUGAUUCUCCCGAGGCUCUUCGAAAUCAUUCCAUUGUCUCUUGGGGAGAAUUGAGUUAAGGACAGUUGCCCUUAUUGUGGGACAUUUGAUCAUACUUGUUUAUAUUCUGCACUUUAGAAGGAAAACAGUGUUAAUCUCUAGUCUAAUGCAAGUUUAGGAAAUGGGAGAGUUCUAGGCUACUGUUGCCUUUGCCAGUGGAGUUAGACAAGGGAUUCUGUGUUUCGAAAGCUUUGGGUGGGAUCUCUUAGAAAGCAUCACACUGGGGUAUCAGGGGCAAAGAAAUGAAUGCCAGACAGCUUGUGUUUCUAGGUGAUGUCAUUAAAUAUGUGCUCUUGACUUUUAUUUUCUUACUGUGGCCAUUAAAGUCCAAUGCCCCCUGUGAUUGCUUUCUCCUUGCCUAGAGCAAGGAUGGUAUCUUUAAUGCAGAAAUGCUUACCAAAAAAGAGUGGUUUACCUUUUUUCAUAAUUUUUUUUUGGAAUGUGAUUCUUGGUCCUCUUAGGUAAAAGACAUGACUGAACUCCAAGGUUUGGUUAGCUGGUAUCCAUGCUGUGCUAUGGUAGGCGACUUCAGGCCACUUCUUCCUGGAACCAGCUCCUGUUUCCCUGUGAGCCUUGAACUCAUUGACUUUGAGUCAAGAUCAGCUCAAUAUUUGAGGACCUAGGUGCUUGGGGGACAAUGAAAAAAAAUCCCAGUCCUGAAAAGUUAAAACUUUAAAAAGUUGCCAUUGUAAUCAAGUGGUAACAUAUUUGCACAAACAUGACUGAUGUGUUUAGCCAAAGCUUUGAAAUGUGAUGAAGCUACCAAACAUAAGUACUUGCUAACAGAAAUCAGUAUUGCUUUUGCAUGGAAGGCUUUGCAGAUCAGGAUAUGAGGCACCAGAUAGGACCCUCAACAAGUUAUUAAAUUUUCAGUUUUCUCAUGGAGAUCAUUCUGUUUGUCUCUCCCCACCCUACCACCCUGAUGUAGCAGUAAUCUUUAAAGAAUGAAAAGAGGUACAGAUGUGAGAAAUUCCUAGCCCCCUCGUUUAUUUCCACUUCUGGCUAUCUUGGUAGAAUCUCUUCUGACCUUUCUAAGUCAGCUCAGCUGUUUUUGUAGUUGGACAAUGGACAUGUUUUCUAGAACCUUCAGGGCUAAGAGCUGUACUGACCAAAGCUGCAUUAUAGCACACAACCCCUGGACCAUUUGCUCUAUGAACCUAUUGCUAGCUUCAGAAUAGUCUAGGUAACCUUGAGUGUCAGGUGUGUGGAAAUUCUAGCUGAGACCUCCCUUUCAUACUGCUCACCCAAGCACCAGAUACUCUGAACUUGAACUAAGUCCAGUAGUUCUUACUAUUUGUGUGUGCGUGUGUGUGUGUGUGUGUGUGUGUGUGUGUGUUUGUAUGUGCAUUGAGCAACAUGAAACUUGGCAGUGGCAGAGGGCACUAAAGUUUAAGUGCAAGUUCUAAUCUAAAUUUAAGCAGUUUCUCAUUAGCUUCAGGACUCUGAGCUGUUUUCUGCAGGUAUGCAGCCUGUUUUCCCAGUUUUUGCAGGCAGGAAGAAGGAAAUGGUAAUCUUUUGUCAAGACAGAAAAGCA